UAAGCUGACAGCCUAGUCCCGCCUCCAGACCCAGGACGCUGUGUCGCAUUGGGUGGCAUUGUGACGCCUCCGCCCGCCUUCCGGUGUCACGCGACCGCCUCCACCUCCCGCCCUUCCCUCUAUACCUCUGGGCCGGCCUGGUGGGUGAUGAGAGACUCGGACGGCAGCUGUGGAAGUGGCGACAGCGACUGCAAUCACGUCCACGCCCGCGACCAUGGCCGAGUGCCAAGCCCAGAAUAAAGCCAAGCUCAUCUCCGAGACCCGACGGAGGUUCGAAGUUGAGUAUUUGACAGAUAAGCCAGAUAAAUAUGAUCCACGUGAUGUUGAAAGGCUACAACAAGAUGAUAACUGGGUUGAAAGUUACUUAUUCUGGAGACACGAUGUUGUAGAUGACACACUGAAGAUGAUCGAUGAGAGUUUUCAGUGGAGGAAAGAAAUGUGUGUCCACGACCUGACUGAAUCCUCCAUUCCCAGAUGGUUACUGGAAAUUGGUGGUAUUUAUCUUCACGGUUAUGACAAAGAAGGCAACAAGUUACUCUGGAUCAGGGUGAAGUAUCAUAUAAAAGAUCAUAAAACCAUAUUGGACAAAAAGAAGCUAAUCGCAUUCUGGCUGGAACGUUAUGCUAAAAGAGAAAGUGGGAAACCUAUAACAGUGAUGUUUGACCUGUCAGAAACUGGAAUAAACAGCAUAGACAUGGAUUUUGUACGCUUUAUCAUCAACUGCUUUAAGGUUUAUUACCCUAAAUACCUCUCAAAAAUAGUGAUCUUUGAUAUGCCUUGGAUAAUGAAUGCUGCUUUCAAAAUUGUGAAAUCCUGGCUUGGUCCAGAAGCAGUGAGUUUGUUGAAGUUUACAAGUAAAAAUGAAGUCCAAGACUAUGUCAGUGUAGAAUACCUGCCUCCCCACAUGGGUGGAACUGAUCCUUUCAAGUAUAGCUAUCCACCACUAGUAGAUGAUGACUUCCAGACCCCACUGUGUGAAAAUGGGCCUAUUGCCAGUGAGGAUGAAGCUUCAAGUAAGGAAGACAUAGAAAGUGAUGGCAAAGAAACCUUGGAAACAGCUUCUAAUGAAGAACAAACAGCUCUUCUGAAAAAGGUUAACCUAACCGAACCUAGUUCCAAAGGAGAAGAAAAUGAAAAGGUUGAUUCCAAGAUGAAAGGUUUCAAGAAACCAUUGAGCGUAUUUAAGGGGCCCUUAUUACAUAUCAGCCCAGCAGAAGAACUAUAUUUUGGAAGUACAGAAUCUGGAGAGAAGAAAGCUUUAAUUGUGUUGACAAAUGUAACUAAAAACAUAGUGGCAUUUAAGGUGAGAACAACUGCUCCAGAAAAAUACCGAGUCAAGCCCAGCAACAGCAGCUGUGACCCUGGUGCAUCGGUUGAUAUAGUUGUGUCUCCCCACGGGGGUUUAACCGUCUCUGCCCAAGACCGUUUUCUGAUAAUGGCAGCAGAAAUGGAACAGUCAUCUGGCACAGGCCCAGCAGAACUGAGUCAGUUCUGGAAAGAAGUUCUCAGAAACAAAGUGAUGGAGCACAGGUUAAGAUGCCAUAUUGUUGAGAGCAGUAAACCAACCACUCUUACAUUAAAAGACGGUGCUUUUAACAUGUCAGAUAAAACCAGUGAAGAUAUGUGUCUACAAUUUGCCACCUCCAGACGUGAAAGUGACGGCAGUCCACCCUAAGUACUAUCCAUAGCCUUUCCCUGUGUGUGUGCACAGCGGUUUCCCCCUACAUGUUAAAUUCGUGCCUUUAAUCUAAUCUAAUCCCAAAGUGUAUGCUUUUUGUUCCUCUGCAAAUAAAUGAGGAAAUAAUUAGUCAAAAUUGGAAAUGUAUUGUCCUAACAGUGUCCCUUUAAUGUUUCAUAUGAAAAUUACGUUCAUUCACUGAAAUGUUCUGCCCUGAUGUCUGGCCAGUUGAAUUUAAUAACAUCUUCUUAAUGUUUGUGUGUCUAUUAAGUGUUACUAAUGAAUGAAAAUUAACUAUAAAAUCAAAGGCAUCUAAACUUUAGUACUUGUCUUGAUUAAUCACAUAUAUUUACAUUUGAUUUUAUUGUCUUGAUUUUAUUUAAUCACAUUUGAUUAUUAUUUUUGGUACUCUAAAAUUAAUUUUAUUUUGAAUCAUGUGAUUACCUGUUUAUGACAGAGUACCAAGAAUCAACAUUUAGAUUUAGAUUGUUUUCACUUGAAGAUGGAAAUUAAUAGAGUUUGCAUGAAAACAUUAAUGGAAUACCAUUAGUUUGAUCUGCAAGUAGCCUAAAAAUGCAAUUGCUGGUAAACCUAGCCUCAAAUUUCAUAAUAAUACCAUAAUUUUUUAUAUCUUGCCACUAACUUUGACUGGAUUUAAUAGCACUUUAUUGUACAAUUGCAAAAAAAAUAUAUUCCUAGAAUUGUUGCCAGUGUAAUUUCUCUAAUGUUCUGGUGCUUUUCAUAUAUUUUCAGUAUUUUUAUUACUAUAUUGGUAUUUUCUUUGUAUAAAUUGAUCAA